AUGCUGUUACGCCCGUACCCAGCGUUUCGAGACGUCGAAUGCAGCACUUGGGCUAUCUCGAGUUUUCUUGGACCAUCGCCGAACCUGUCGCUCAGUGAGGCGUGCGCGCUUGGCUCCACCAAGCUGCUAGACUGGAUAUGGGCGUCAAGCUGCACCUCAGUCGAGACCAGAACGCCCCAAUGGACUCUGACGAAUUACCUGCGGUCGGACCCCCACUACUACCGCUUCCAGUUCUCGAAGGGGCUAGAAGUUGCUGCGGAUCGAGGUGACUUGGCAGUCGUGAAGUGUUUUUUUGCACAUUUUCCCGACUGUGAAGCGCCCUAUGAUGUAGCUAGCGCGGCAGCUAGCAAGGGACAUCUCCACAUACUGAAGUUUCUGUGGGAGCAUCGUGGCACUGAAGAUCUGUGGGGAGAUGGCGUCAUGCUGGUUGCUGUUACCAAUGGGCAUUUCCACGUCGUGAGAUGGCUCUGCGAGACUAUUCCCCACGACAAAUUUGGCUCUAACUACGACCGAGCGAUCCAACUCGCUCUCGGCGCAGGCGACGACGAGCUCGUCCAACUCUUGCUGCCUCCGGGUCGAUGUGUUCUGGAUUAUGCUGCCAAUUGUCCGCGAGUUGACGUGAUCGAGUGGAUGUUGGAGUGCGGAUAUCUACGCUGCGACGCCGACUCGGCUACAUCUGCGAUACGAGACUUGGCUGGCAGUGGGCGAUUGGAUUUAAUGCAGCAGAUUGCGCUCUUACACUCGCCUCUUCCGGAAUUCCACUCCGGUGUCUUUACGUCGAAUCACUGGUACGACGCGAUAGGGAAGGCAAGCGAGUGCGGCGAUCUGGCUGCUGUCGAGUGGCUUAUGGAAUACCCGAUCGAGAUCAGCCCGUGGCAGCUCAGUAAGACGCUCCGAUAUGGCCGUAACCCUUUCGUGCUGGCUGCUGGAGCCGGUCAGUGGAGAGUAGUGGAGUAUCUGUGUCAGCAGAAGGCCACGAUCAAGAUCAACCGCGCGCUCGUACUAGGCUCCACUCCGAAGUGCGAUCUGUAA